GUCCAUGGAGAAGACUGUUCAGUUUAUGAGAGGUAUGAUAAAUUAAGUGAUAAUGUAAAAGAAAAGGUGAAAAAGUUAGCCGGAUCGGGGUAAGUUAGUAUGUCUUAUCACUGAAACUUUGUAGUGCGCACGCGAUGUUAAUUUUACCUGCGCCACAAGUGCUUGCGCGGCGCACUUUUGAUGUUACGUGCGAAUGUUAAAUUCGGCGUAUCCACUUUUUCAAACUUGAGAGUGCACUAAGGAUUUCUUAGUAAAAUAUUAUUUUCGUUUAGAUAAAGUGUAAUAAUAUAUAUCCUGCCAAACCUUUUUGCAGAUAAUCAUUAUAUUUAUGAAUUAUGAAAGAUUCACUAUGACAAACGCUGCAGCCUCCGCCAAGCAAGAAUAAAUAAAUUUCUACCUUUUGGUUCUCUUUUGUAACUAACAAAAUGGCGGCUACUGACAGUGGUGCUUUGUGCAUAAAAACUGUUUCUUGGGUGCCCAAAUUUUUGAAGUAAAACAAUAUUCUGUGUGCAGUUAACAAAGUUUCCAGUCUGAGACUCUUGUGUUGUUUUAUGACAGUCAAACAUGGUAGAACAAUAAGAACAGUCUUAACACUGAACAGAUCAUCUAGUUUAAUACUUGAACAUCACUGCAUACAGCAUGAAAAUUUGAAUUACUCUUUGUUUAGAACAUUUCAUGUUGAAGAUGAUGUCAAGAGAUAUAGAUAUACAAUAAAUUUGUGUCAGCAAAGUGUAUCAAGCAACGUUGCAGUGUUACAAAAUGAUCUAUCAACAGGAGGAGAAAUUUCAAAAAUUGGUAUUUUUGAUCAGUACACGCAUGCAUUUGGCGGUGAUGAUUGGUUGAUUCUUACAUUUUUUGGUGCAAAUUAUAUAACUCAUUGUGGAAAAGCAAGAAGGAAAGUCAUUAUUAUGAUACAGUGCGAUAGAUCAGCUGAUACAUCUACAAAACGACAGCCAAGAAUAUUAGAAGAGUACAGACCAAAAGAUCCGAAAGCACCUUUUUGUUAUUAUCUGUUUGAAAUGAAACAUGAUGCUGCUUGUACUACCAGUACUGGUACAAAGAUUAGUCCAGGAUCUGUCUUUAUUAUCAUUCUUGUAGUUGUUGGUGUUCUGUACUUGGUCCUCGGUUCCCUUUAUCAAAGAUUUAUUGUCGGUGCCAAAGGCAUGGAGCAAAUACCAAACUAUCUCAUGUGGAGGGAAUUUGGUUCUUUGCAGGCAGAUGGCUGUAAUUAUAUGUGUCGUUGCAAAGGUACCAGAGAACCAACACGCUAUAAGCCAAUGGAUGAUGCCAUCGCUGAUGAUGAAGACUUUAGAGUAGAGGAUGAUGAUAAUGAUGAUACAAUGUUACCGAUGUAGCAAUUUCCUUAUAAUUAGAAUUAAUGUACAUGAUUAGAAGUUCGAUUAUUAAUCUUAUAGCUAGCAUCUUCCAAAGGUUAUUUUGGUUUUGUUGAGAUUGAAAGUUUUCUAUUUAACAUCUAUUGUAUAAUAUGUUAGGUUGAUAUAGUGUCACUGACUUUCAUAGGUGGAUAACUCCGUUUAAAUUGUCGCAGAUGUUUGCGGUAUUUUGAUUUUUGUAUAAACUUUCUUAGCCAGUGAAAAUUUAUUACUUUUCUUAGAAGAAUUCUCUUUUAUGCUGGCAAUGUUUCCUAUAUGUUCAAUGCGUAACUGAAAAGUAAUCUUUGAAAGUAUUUUGAAGUUGCUGCCUUUUUCAUGGAAAAGGCUGACAUAUAUAUAAAACUCACAAAGCCAUUGUAAUAACGAAUAUUCAUUGAAGAAGUCAUGCUAGCCAUUGAUUGUCAUUCCACUUUGAAAUAAGUGAAAUAUCAAUGUAUUAGUGAAUGUAUGGAAUAGAAAAUAAUAAGUUGUAAAGAAUAUAUGAAAUAUUUCAAAUGUCAA